AUGGCAGGUGGAGUUUUAGUUGCUUCAACAAAUGGAAGGCAAUAUGAGGGGAAGGUUACAAUGUUUGUUUUGGUCACAUGUUUGGUGGCGGCCAUGGGAGGUCUACUUUUUGGUUAUGAUCUUGGUAUUACAGGAGGAGUGACUUCCAUGGAACCAUUCUUGGUUAAAUUCUUCCCUGGUGUUUACAAACAAAUGAAAGAUGAAUCCGGACACGAGAGCCAAUAUUGCAAAUUUGAUAACGAGCUCCUUACUUUAUUCACAUCUUCCUUGUAUCUUGCAGCUCUGAUAGCGUCUUUCUUUGCUUCCACAACUACAAGAAUGUUAGGACGUAAGGCCUCAAUGUUUGCAGGUGGCUUGUUUUUCCUUGUUGGUGCAUUGCUCAAUGGUUUUGCUGUAAACAUUGAAAUGCUUAUAAUUGGCCGCAUAUUACUUGGUUUUGGUGUAGGAUAUUGUAAUCAGUCAGUUCCAAUGUAUUUGUCUGAAAUGGCUCCAGCAAAGAUUAGAGGUGCGCUCAACAUGGGAUUCCAAAUGAUGAUCACUAUUGGAAUCCUAGGGGCAAACAUUAUCAACUACUUUACUUCAAAUCUUGAGAGUGGAUGGAGAAUUUCUUUGGGUAUCGGAGCUGUCCCUGCAAUUUUGUUAUGUAUAGGAUCGUUUUUCUUAGGCGACACACCAAACUCUAUGAUUGAAAGGGGCCAAAAAGAAGGAGCUAAGAAAAUGUUGCAAAAGAUUCGUGGAAUUGAUAAUGUUGAUGAGGAGUUCCAAGAUCUAAUUGAUGCUAGUGAGGAAGCCAAAAAGGUGGAACAUCCAUGGAAGAAUAUUACACAAUUAAGAUAUAGACCUCAACUAACGUUUUGCUCACUCAUUCCAUUCUUCCAGCAACUCACGGGCAUCAAUGUUAUCAUGUUUUAUGCCCCCGUCCUUUUCAAAACUUUGGGCUUUGGAAACGAUGCUUCCCUCAUGUCCUCAGUAAUUACUGGAGGUGUCAAUGUUGUAGCUACUUUUGUUUCCAUCUUCACCGUGGACAAGUUUGGAAGAAAGAUUUUGUUUCUUGAAGGUGGUGUCCAAAUGUUUAUUUGUCAGAUUGUUGUUGGAAGCAUGAUUGCUAUCAAGUUUGGAGUUAGUGGUGAAGGAUCGUUUACACAUAUUGAAGCCAAUCUUCUUUUGUUCUUUAUAUGUGCGUAUGUUGCGGCAUAUGCAUGGUCUUGGGGUCCAUUGGGAUGGUUAGUUCCUAGUGAAAUAUGCUCUCUUGAGGUUCGCUCUGCAGGUCAAGCUACCAAUGUUGCUGUUAACAUGUUGUUUACCUUUGCCAUUGCUCAAGUUUUUCUUACUAUGCUUUGUCACUUGAAGUUUGGACUUUUCUUCUUCUUUGCUGGAUUUGUGGUUAUAAUGACAAUAUUCAUUGUCUUGUUUUUUCCUGAGACAAAUAAUGUCCCAAUUGAAGAAAUGAAUAAAGUGUGGAAAUCUCAUUGGUUUUGGACAAAGUUUGUUUCUGAUGUUGUCGUUCAUCAUGAUCAUAAGAUUGUUGUUGGAAGCAUGAUUGCUAUCAAGUUUGGAGUUAGUGGUGAAGGAUCGUUUACACAUAUUGAAGCCAAUCUUCUUUUGUUCUUUAUAUGUGCGUAUGUUGCGGCAUAUGCAUGGUCUUGGGGUCCAUUGGGAUGGUUAGUUCCUAGUGAAAUAUGCUCUCUUGAGGUUCGCUCUGCAGGUCAAGCUACCAAUGUUGCUGUUAACAUGUUGUUUACCUUUGCCAUUGCUCAAGUUUUUCUUACUAUGCUUUGUCACUUGAAGUUUGGAAUUUCCUUCUUCUUUGCUGGAUUUGUGGUUAUAAUGACAAUAUUCAUUGUCUUGUUUUUUCCUGAGACAAAUAAUGUCCCAAUUGAAGAAAUGAAUAAAGUGUGGAAAUCUCAUUGGUUUUGGACAAAGUUUGUUUCUGAUGUUGUCGUUGAUCAUGAUCAUAAGGUCGUUGUUUGA